AUGUCAAGCUCCUUCGAAAAGUCCGUCAAGGGCGCAACGAAGAUCAAGAAUGCUCCCCCAAAAACGAAAUACAUCGAACACAUUCUCGUAGCUACCCAUUCCGGCGAAGCUGGUGUCGGCGAGGUCUUUCGCGCUCUCACAUACCGUCUCCGCGAUUCAACAUGGACCGUCGUCUUCAAAAGUCUAAUUACUGUUCACCUGAUGAUCAGAGAGGGAUCUCCUGAUGUCACGCUCGCCUUCCUCUCGACGCAUCGCAAUGUGCUAGCCAUUAGCAGCUUUACAGACGCACAAAUCCAAGGACGAAACAUUCGACAUUAUGCCCACUAUCUAGCUGAGAGAGCUCGCGCAUACGAAAAGACCAAGACGGAUUGGGUGCGCGCUUCUGAGUCAAGACUUGAGAAGCUUUCGGUUGAGAAGGGAUUGUUAAGGGAGACGGAAAUCGUACAACACCAGCUCGAGGCUUUACUAAAAUGCGACGUGAUGGAGAACGAGCCAGAGAACGAAAUCACCAUAACCGUUUUCCGGCUGCUUGUCUUGGAUCUAUUGGCACUAUUUCAGGUUCUCAACCAAGGGCUCAUCAGCAUUCUCGGUAUGGCUGCCCCUCCCCCUCUGUCUCAGCCCGCCACUUUGACUAACGUUUCACCCCCUUCAGGAAACUUUUUCGAGAUGUCAAAGGUGGAUGCCGAACGUGCUAUGGCCAUUUAUCGGAGAUUCACGAAGCAAACAGACUACGUCGUUCAAUAUCUGAGCGUAGCUCGUCAGCACGAACACCACACCCGAGUCGAGGUGCCCAAGCUCAAGCACGCUCCUGUCAACCUUGGACGCCAGCUGGAGGAGUAUCUUCACGAUCCCGAUUUUGAGGUCCACCGAAGGCAAUACCUGGCCGAGCAGGCUGUGAAGAAGAUUGGCGGAGGUUCAAGCUCGAAGCAAGGAGGUCUCAGCAAGAAGAAGAGCACCGAUUUCCCCGAACCAGCGAGCAACAACCCCUUUCCCAAGAUCACGGCCUCUUCGAGUGGGAACAGGGCACCCGAGUCGAAACCACAAGCUAACAAGGGCCCUGAUCCCGAUCUGAUCGACUUCUUUGACUCUAUCGAGCAGAAUCAGACACCGAUGAGCAUGAACCCUCAGCCUCAACAACAGGCUUUCCAGCAGCAGCCGACAGGCAUGCCGUUUCAACAGAACGGAUUCGCCCCUCAGCCUACUGGAUUUGCCUCCAACAGUCCAUUCCAACAACCUCAGCAGACUGGGUUCAUGCAGCCGCAGCAACCUCAGAUGCAGCAACCCCAUAUCCAACUACAGCCCGAUUUUACCGGAGCCGGUUUCGGAGGCUUCACUCCUCAACCACAAGCCUUCCAACCAAGCUCGCUCGCACCCAUUCCUCAGGAUUCAAUGGCCAGUUUUACUAAUGCUGCCCCUCAAAUCCAACAACCUGUUCAGAACGGAUCACCUCAGGGCCUCCAACCAAUGCAAACAGGAAGCACCAACCCCUUCCGCCAGUCUAUGCUCAUGGCUCAACAAACAGGCCUUCCAUCAUCUGCUACAACACCCGCUCUAAACCGCCAAUCUACAAACCCAUUCGCUCGAACAUCACCACAGCAAAACACCUCUCCUUUCGCCCAAGCUUCAAACUCGCCUUUCCAAUCACCAUCUCCUCAACAGCCACAGCAACAACCUGCUCUCCAACCUACACCAACCGGCACAAACCCCUUUGCACGCAACUCCACGAUGCCAGCGCCAAACCAAGAACAGCGUCCGCAAACAGCGGGUGCUGCUCUCGCCCCUCAACCAACCGGUACUACCAACCCCUUCCGAAACGGCGCCUUUGUCAAUCACAACACAGGCAUGGGAUGGCAAGCCAACCAGCAGCCCAUCGGAGGAGGCCUCGACCAACUUCCGACAGUACCUGUAUUCCCUCGACCUGCUCAACAGACACCGUGGCAGCAAUAA